AUCAGGGCUCGGGUUCUUGGGAGGCGCCGUGUAGCCAAUGGCAGAAAGCGACAUUGCGGGCGGGUGAAGGGCUCCGCCGGCGGCCGCCAGGAUGAUUGGGCCUCUGUGUCGAGGGGCCGGGGGUCUCCGCCUCGUCGCGGGGCUCCUUCGCGCCCGAAGUGGCACCGGUGUCGUGUCAGGAGUCCGGCGUUCCAGUGAACAUGGUGAAUUUUCCUACCGCCAGGCACCAAAAAUAACCCGGUACCAGAUCAUCGUGUCUGAAUCAGUUAGUGGCUUCAUGUGGUUCUGGAUCCUGUGGCACUGCUGGCAUGAUUAUGAUGAAGUGCUGGGCCAUUUUCCUUAUCCAGAUGUGACUCAGUGGACAGAUGAAGAACUAGGAAUCCCUUCUGAUGAUGAAUAGAUCUGUUCCAAAAUGUCCGGGAGCAGACCUACAGAAAUGAAUGCUUCACUUUCUAUAGACUUCGAAUUCAAAUUAUAAAUAAAACUAGAAAACACAGCUCA